UGGGUAGGUCGUGUAGUAUCUCAGAACCGGAUGUCGAUAGUUCAGUGUUCAUGCUGUGGUCCUUGUAUCAGGGACGAUCCAAGUGGAGAAGAUGACAUGGAGGACCGGGCGAUGGAGGUCCAAUUUCGACCUUGUCGAGAGGAAGAGCAGCUCGAGAGGCGAGGUUGGAAGAUGAGCGGGAGUUGGCUUUGGUAGAAGAACAAGAGAAAAUGGCGAGGCUGAGGAAACUCAGGAAGAAGCACAAGCUGACAGACCGAUCAUUGAUUUCUACCGAAAAAAUCCUGUUGUUUGUAAUGAUGGGUCUCAGGCUACAGCUCACCUCUUAAUUAUUAGAUCUGGAGCUGAACUUAUCCCCCAAAGUAUGGACUCUACAGUGUUCCACUCAAAAACUGGAACUUGACUUAUUACGUGAAGUAUGGAUAUUAGACUGGUUUGCUCAAGAAAUGCUCCGCACCUUGCAUUAACUUAGUACAUGGUCUGAAGGGUGGUUUGGGAUACUUGAAACAAUCCCAAGUAAGUUUCGUUGGCACCACUCGACUCUCAACCUUGCUUGAGGAAGAUGAAGAAUCAAAUUGGCAGUGUAAAAUCUUGCAUGACUCCACGAUCUGGAUAUGGAGAUUUAUGCAAGAUGUACGUUUCAUUUUUUCUUCUUGAGCACUAGUCAACGCCACAAGGAUCGAAAUACUAGGCCUCACAUUUAAAAGUGAGGUGGAAGCAAAUGAUCUUGUGUUGUGGACUGUUGAAAGAUGCCGGAUCAUCCAAAGGAUAGGAAGAACCAAUAAAGCCGCACAUGGAAGAAUUCAAGUAAUAUCGGGGUAGCCCCCAUAGUAUCACAAUGGAAGAUGAUUCCUACUGCCUAGAAUUUUAUAGAUAGCAAAUAGUUCGGAGUGAAGGAUACCUUCGUCUCUCAUUAGCAUGCUUCAGAUCUGGGAGUGAUAGCACGAGAAACUUGUAAAGAAGUUUCAUGUGUAAAGGAAGAGAGAUUGAGAGCAGACCAGACACGUUUGAUCACACACGAGGGAACAGAUAUUUGGAUUCGAUAUUUAGGCCUGAGAGCAGUAAAUGAAGGCUGGAGAGUUUCGACUUUAUUUUUUCCCUCAAGAAUGCAUUGCUCUUUUUAACGAUCUUCAGGUGUAAACGUCCUUCUGCAAUCCUUUUCAUUCAGCAGAGAGUCCUCUGAAGUGGCAUCAGCCGUAGUGAUGCUGGUGGAUUACUCUGUUGAGGUAGACGUUCUUAGUAAAGUUUUAAGAGAAGAAGAGAAGCGAGAAGAGAAAGCCUUCGACUUCAAGAAGAAGAUCGAACCCAAUCUUUUAACACAGUUUUUUUUUCUCCAUGUUUAGCUGCGUCUUCGUCUGCGCUUUCGUCCUGAUUGUUCAAAAUGAUGAUCUCCGUAACUGUGACAUUCUGUUGAAUAAGCAUGCUGUGAGAGAAACUGGAAUUUGAUAUGCGGAGUAUCUGUGGCCGUAAAUUUCUCUCCGCAUUGUGCACAAGCCAGAUGACAGGAGAUUAGAAGAUGUAGAAUUCCAAAAAGCUCGAGGUAGACGGGAAGAUGGAGGCAGAGUCAGAGUCAGAUCCUGCUGGAUACUGACAGGGAGUCUGCUACAUCAAACAUAGAUGUCGGUUUUCAUCGUGAGGUGUAUGAAAUCAUUCCUUGAGUCAAUCGCCAAUCACGCCGUAUCUUAUCUAGUCAAAUUGUGC